CUCCUUGAUUGUGGCUUUCAUUACUUUCUGGAGUAAGAAGUUUAGGACAUAAAAUAGUCAUUUCGGUGUAUUAGGGCUUGCAAUAUCAAAAUUACCAGCAUGAAGGUUUUCGUGAUCAUCGCAUUGGUAGGCAUGGCUAAGGCCGCCCCUCAGGCACCUGCUUCCGCCACACCAGCCAAGGUCCCCGUGAUUGAAUGGGGCAAGUGCGAGCAGCUGAAACCCUCAGAGAGCGAACGGACUAGCAAAGCUGCAGUAGUGGAUAAGUGUUUGCAAUCGCUUCCUCUUCCGGAUCCCGAAAAGGCGACACAACAGGAGAUUGACAAGCACCGUGAAUCGGUUACAACUUGUGCACUUAAGGCUGAAGGAUGGUUCGACGACGAGGGUGUGUACAAGUUCGAUCGUGCUCGGAACGAAAUCAAGAACAAAAAACUCGAUAGUGAAGUUGAGGAGGCUGUUCUGCUGAAGCACGACGCAUGUCAAAAGGAGGCAACUGAAAAACACGACGACUAUAUUAACCAAGUUCAGCUAUACCAAGCUUGUAUGGAUUACAACAUCUCGCAGAUCUGUGGUAUCAAAGUCAUGGUUUAGGUCGUUUUUUACUUCCUGACCUACUGCCAGGAUCUGCGAACCGAGAGACUUCUGCUCAAAGUUUGUGGUAUUGCAACCCUCUUGACCAAAGGAAUAUAAUUAUGCUUGGAUGAUGAUUUUGAUUAAGCGCAGGUACACGAAAAGCCAACUGACCUUGCCGACUGUUACAAGUACUCAGCAAUAUCCGACGUCCUGUUAACAGUAUCUAAAGUAUCUAAAAGUAUUCUUGUUACACUUAUUUGUUCAUAGAAAAUGUAAUACUACGAGCAAGCGUAAUUGCCUGUCACUUAAGUUACGUAUCAGUCACUUCAGGCGAAGUCCAUGUUCACGGCUUUCAAAAACCCGCUAUCUCGAGCGAUUCAAUGUUUGCCUUACGACUACCAACGACAAUAGCACAAUGUAGUGGAAAUUGAAACAGUAUUUGAUCUCUUAGGUUAGAAUUGACUGCGCUGAUUACCUUCGUUCUUCCUAUUACAUGCAUUUAGACUCAAAUUGAGCAUUCGAUUUUAUGGACGCACCCGUUAUCAAUUCUCUCUAGCGGAAAUUUUACAUUACACAGUUUGCCUUAAAAAAAAAACUCGCUUUCUAAUGUACAGAAGACGUUAAUUUUUACCAAUGGUUAAAGAAUUGUCAGUCUGGCCAUUAUGCGUAAUACCUGAUAAAUCAAAAGUAUAUUCGUUAAAGCAGCUACGUGUAACCCCACAGCGAUAGAAAUAUAUGUUCCGGUGGAUAAAACUGCUACCGGAAGUAGCAAAAGUACACAAAUCAUAACUAUGAAAAUGAUGUGAAUAAGUCUGAAGGUAAUCAUCAAGAAAGGUGAUUAUUACGUCAAAUCUUACUGUUCGGCUGGCUUAUGAUUAAGGAAUUUCGGCUGGAAUCCUUAUAUAGGACUUAUUUUCCCUUCUUAAACUAAAGAAAGUACAAGUACGAGAAGAUUACUAAACCUGGCGUUAAAAAUAACUGACUAAAGUGCUUGUGCAGUUAAUAGUGGUAUAGGUCUAAUCUAUCCUACACUACUGCGGACGAAAAAAAUUUCUGCUGCCCUCUAAGGUAACGUAGACAUGAUCUAAAAAAUUGCUUUAUGGAUGCUGCGAAUGAUCCGAUACUGUCUUGUUGAUUUGAUCCAAUAUAUUGUACGUUCACAUUUCACAGUUAUUCAACUAAGUCAUAUUCAUUGAACUUACAAUACAAUUGGCAAUUGAAUAUCUGUAUACUACUGUAUCGCUACCUAAUUAAAGAUGACUUUUUACAAUGCUUUAAUUGAUCGUGAAUUGUGAAAAUUCUUUUUAUUAUUAAAAAAUGGUUUAUACACAGCGUGGCGCGUUCAAGUUUGAGCGCAUUUUGGCGGGCGGUAGUAGGCAUGCGUUUAUCUGCUACUAAACGAAAACCCGAUCUUGCUAGAACACAAUAUCAAGCUCGUGCGUCGUAAUCAAAAUCCGUGCGAAAAUCAGCUAUUAUCUAAUAUUUUCAUCCUGAAUAAGCCCCUAUCAAGACCUCAAAGUUUAUUUGAUAUCAACAGCCUACAUAGUUGCCAGUUUCCAUGCGGUUUUUGAAGAAUUAGAUUUUUUUUUUUUUUCGAAGAUUAAAAACUAAAUAGUUUGGAAGUUCUGCCAUUUUGUUGAUAUUGCAAAAUCGCUGUAUUGCCGAAGUAAACUUACCUAUCCAUAUGACUAACUUGACUUUAUAAAAAUAAAGUGUAUUUUCAUUA